AUGAGAGAUCUCCAAGAAAGUCGACCAAGUGGUAGAUCAAUACCUGCAGCUCGGUCUCCAAUCGUCCACAACGCAACUUGCCUGGACGAGGACAAGCGCAUCGUCAAGACCAUGAAGCUCGCUGCACUCGCCGUCGUCGCUGCCGUCGCUGUCGCGGGCGUUUCUGCUGCCGACCAGCCUGCCCUGCGCUCGGUGGACAAGCCGGCCGAGGUGGCCCCGGCUGCUGGUGCUGCGAACACCCCGAGUGGAUCCAAGAAGGAGCAGUGCGGAGGCUGGGGAGGAGGCUGGGGCCCCUGGGCUCGGUCUCCAAUCGUCCACAACGCAACUUGCCUGGACGAGGACAAGCGCAUCGUCAAGACCAUGAAGCUCGCUGCUCUCGCCGUCGUCGCUGCCGUCGCUGUCGCGGGCGUUUCUGCUGCCGACCAGCCUGCCCUGCGCUCGGUGGACAAGCCGGCCGAGGUGGCCCCGGCUGCUGGUGCUGCGAACACCCCGAGUGGAUCCAAGAAGGAGCAGUGCGGAGGCUGGGGAGGAGGCUGGGGCCCCUGGGGUGGAAUGGGUAUUGGCUGUGGCGGCUGGGGAGGAGGCUGGGGCGGAGGCUGGGGUCGUCCGUGGGCUCGGUCUCCAAUCGUCCACAACGCAACUUGCCUGGACGAGGACAAGCGCAUCGUCAAGACCAUGAAGCUCGCUGCACUCGCCGUCGUCGCUGCCGUCGCUGUCGCGGGCGUUUCUGCUGCCGACCAGCCUGCCCUGCGCUCGGUGGACAAGCCGGCCGAGGUGGCCCCGGCUGCUGGUGCUGCGAACACCCCGAGUGGAUCCAAGAAGGAGCA